UUAUAAACCACGGAAUCAUAAUCAGCCGAAAUUAUUUUGAUAUUGUGUUAUCAAUCUCUGAUGAUGUUGCUAAUUUUUGUCUCCUGCCUCAUUGCUACGUUGACAAGUGGAACAGUCUACCUAUCUAACCGUGAUGCGUUAGAGCACUUGAAAAAAAUGGGAUUCCUAUCCAAAUACGUCAAAGAUAUCACACUUGGAUUUGGGGAAAGGAGCGCGGGUAAUUUAACCAUGCCCAUCAAUGCAACCCUAGAUCCCAACGAAAUUUUGUUCUUUUCUAGGAGUCUGAUUCAUGAUGAACUGAACAACUGCAGAACUGUCCUUAACUACUUAAAUGAUUUUGGGUACCUGGACGGGUACACACGUCUCAGAGACGUGCCAGACUCAGCAGCAUUGUCCAUGAUAAGCACUAAAGAUCUUCAAGGAGCCUUGAUCUUGUUCCAGUCCGUUAACUCAAUGGCUAAAACAGGGAGGGUUGAUGAUGAGGUCCUAGCGAAGAUGAAAAUCCCUAGAUGUGGGGUCCCAGAUGUUGAUCCAAAAGAUCCGGGUUACAAGACUUACCAAGGAAUGGAAACGUUCCAACUGAACGACAUCAAACCAUCGAACAAUGUUAUAGAUACACACACCAUGACGCAUAGAGGGAGUAAUGGCAAUUCUUUCAAUAACCAGUCCACCAACAAAGACUUAAAAAAUAACUUCAUAGCCUUGGACAAACGCUAUGAGACCACGAAAGAAAACUGGGCAGGAAACAAACUUACUUUCUAUUUCGAGAACUUUAGCGACACACUCGAGCAUCACUCAUAUACCGAAAUUAUAAACGCAUUUGAAGUUUGGACUUCAAGUAUUGAACUCUUCCUCUACGAAGUGACCGACACCAGGAUCGCAGACGUCAGGAUUAACUUUGUGAGUAGGGACCACGGUGACAAUUACCCAUUUGACGGUCCUAUUGGGGUAUUAGCCCACGCUUUCUAUCCUCCUAACGGAGAGAUACACUUCGAUAAUGACGAGGAAUUCACUAGAUUCUCCACCCGAGGAGUGAAUCUACGGUCUACAGCGAUCCACGAGUUUGGACACACUUUGGGCUUGCGACAUUCCAUGGAAAGGGACUCGCUGAUGUCGCCAUAUCAUACUGAGUACAAAAGGGAAAUUAAUCUUCAAGAAGAUGACUUAGCUGGAAUAUCGAGGCUAUUUAAAUUAGGAAAAGGAGCUGUUUACACUGCUGAUAUGCUAGAAGCAAAACAAUAUCAAAAGGUAUUAAUGAAACAAUUCGACAACCCGCAGGACCAUCAACCUUUUGCUGGAAACUCAUCCUGUAUCGAGCGAAUUGAUGCGGUGAUUAAGCACCCUUGUGCACAGACUCUUUUCAUGUUCGCAAAAGACCUUUAUUACAAAAUAGAAUCGGAUAAACUUGGUGAUUUAGUUGUUGCGGAGGGCUAUCCAAAGCACAUAUCUGUAUGCUGGGAUGGAUUGGAGGACAAAAUAGAUGCUGCUUAUGUAAACGUAUCUAUAUCAGCAGCGUUUUUCUUUAAAGGUGAUAGGUAUUGGAAAUAUGAUUUCACCAACAAUACAAUGUAUCCCGGUUUUCCAAGAGAGAACUUACCAGAUGUUCCCAAAAAUCUCCGUGCCACCAUGAUGAUGGAAAACACCGUAUAUUUCUUCACAGAAGAUAAGAUUGUAACACAAAAUAUGACAAAUGGCUCUAUAAAGACGAUCACAGAUAAGAAGUUUAAUGUUGACGCAGCCUUUCCCCUCUUGGCAAACGGCUACUUCGGAACCACACACGGGAGCAGCUACUCUGUCUACAGUUCUAAGGAUAUGGGAGCAGUUCGAGUGUAUCAUGGCCGGCCUCUGUCAUGGGACUACGGUUUACCAAUGUGUGUGGACGACUCGCAAAGUCGCAAUUUAAAUCCCAAGAUGAAGCCUUUCUGCGAUGCGUACGCCUUGCUCGCGUACACCGACGCAAACUUGGACAUCCCACCAGAGUGCUACAGUCUUCUGAGGCAAUUCCCUGUAAUUCCACCGGAGAAGAUAACGGAAUAUUAUCAUUCUUUGGAAUAGAAUUAUUGAGUAAGGGCUGAAAUAAAAAUGAGUUGUUUGAACUAAUUUGAAACUCGUAAUUAGUGUAAUUUCUUUAC